GCCUGGGCGCGGCUCCCGAGGCGAGGGGCCGGCGAGAGCAGGUCGCUUCGCUCCGCCUCUUCCUGCGGCAGCCGCGCACUUGCAGCUAUGGCGCCGAGCCGGGCGGGCGCUGCGCUGCGCCGCUCCCUCCUUCUCCUCCCGCCGCUGCUGCUGGCGCUGGCCAGCGCAGGCUUGAGCGGCUACUUCGGCACUAAGUCUCGCUACGAGGAGGUGAACCCACACCUGAUACGCGACCCGCUGUCGCUGGGUCCCUCGGCCGCCUCGUCGCGCCUGCCCGCUGCCUGCACGCCGCUGCAGCUCCGCGCCGUGCUCCGCCACGGCACCCGCUACCCCACGGCCGGCCAGAUCCGCCGGCUGGGCGACCUGCACUCCCGCCUGCUGCGCCGCCGUCCCGCCUCCUCCUCCUCUUCGUCGUCCUCCUCUUCUUCUUCCUCCUCCGCAGAAGCCGCCUGCCCCGCUGCCGCCGACCUGGCCGCCUGGCAGAUGUGGUACGAGGAAAGCCUCGACGGGCGGCUGGCGCCACAGGGCCGGCGCGACAUGGAGCUGCUGGCCCGCCGUUUGGCCGCCCGCUUCCCUGCCCUCUUCGCCGCCCGCCGCCGGUUGGAGCUGGCCAGCAGCUCCAAGCACCGCUGCCUGCAGAGCGGGGCCGCUUUCCGCAAGGGGCUGGGGCCAUCCCUCAGCCUCGGCAGCGACGAGGUGGAGGUCGAAGUUAAUGAUUCAUUGAUGCGGUUUUUCGAUCACUGCGCCAAGUUCGUAGCCUUGGUGGAAGAGAACGACGCGGCCAUGUGCCAAGUGGAUGCCUUCAAAGAGGGGCCGGAGAUGAGGAAGGUCUUGGAGAAGGUGGCGAGCGCUUUGUGCUUGCCGGUAGAGGAGCUGAACGCAGAUCUUGUUCAAGUGGCUUUUCUUACCUGCUCCUAUGAGUUGGCUAUAAAAAAUGUUACCUCCCCGUGGUGUUCACUCUUCAGUGAAGAAGAUGCCAAGGUGCUGGAGUACUUGAAUGACCUGAAGCAGUACUGGAAGAGAGGAUAUGGCUACGACAUCAACAGUCGCUCCAGCUGCAUCCUGUUCCAAGAUAUCUUCCAGCACCUGGACAAAGCAGUGGAAGAGAGCAGAAGUUCCAAACCCAUCUCUUCCCCUCUGAUUGUGCAAGUUGGACACGCAGAGACCCUCCAGCCACUGCUUGCUCUUAUGGGUUUCUUCAAAGAUGCUGAACCUCUGAAGGCCAACAACUACGUGAGGCAGAUGCAGCGCAAGUUCCGCAGUGGCCGCAUCGUGCCUUAUGCUGCCAACCUGCUCUUCGUGCUCUACCACUGCGAGCAGGUCAAGACCCCUGAGCAGGAGUACCAAGUGCAGAUGCUGCUCAACGAGAAACUGAUGGUGUUCCACCAUUCCAAUGAAACCAUCUCCACUUACACUGCUCUCAAGGAGCAUUACAAGGACCUCCUGGAAAACUGCCACUUCCAAGAGGAGUGCGAGCUACCCAGAAUGAACAUGACCACUGGUGAUGAGCUGUGAGGGGAUGGCACCCACCCAGCCUCUGCCAGCCCAUCUCACUUCUGUUAGACACACUGCCAACAAGCACUUGGGGUGAUUUGCUGCUGCUGUCUUGGCUUUCUGACCUUGGAGGUGUGCUAAGUUGUCUGUGUUAGCUCAGAGGGAUCUGAGAGGAGUCUGGCUGGGUGUUUGCAGCGACCACCCAGUGCAGGAGGCAGCCUAGCUGUGUGUUUGUGGUACAAAGAAGUCCUUUCAUUGGCCAUUCCUCUUUGAUGGAUUUAAGGGCUGAGGCAGAUUCUGUUUUCUCAGAGCUAGAGGUGCUGGGACCUCCUUUGUGCUGCCUCUUUUGCUUAGCUUCUCUCUUCCAAUAGCAAGCAUGAAAUAUUUCAACACUGUGAGCUUUGUUCAUUCCUUUUCCCCAGCUUCUAGGAGGGAAGGGAGUCAUUUUCCACAGCUGCCCAACUUCUGCCUGAACAGUACCACAGGAACAGCUCUUCCUUGGGCCUUUAAAGCAGGAGAAGCUGCAGUGUUCUUGCACGUUAUCUGAGUCCGUGACUUAAAGUCAUCAUGAAGCAAGGUAGUCUCCAGGGUAAGUGAGCUGUAAAGAGUAGUAAAGAAAAGUGUGAAGGAGUGGAAAGUAGCCACUGUUGUCCUGAAGUGCUCUGGGAGAUGCAGCAAGGGUUCUCUUAACCAGGCUGGUGUGUCCUGUCACUUGGCACCAUCAGUUCUAUUUGGUAAAGGCUUGGCUAGGGCACCUAGGCUAGGCUCUGCUACAGCUAUGGACAUCAUGGUCCUCUCCAGGUGCUGGAGAGGCCCUAACAGCUGGAAGGGAUCUCUCCAGCUUCCUACUUGCAAUGAGGUUGUGGCUAACCCUAAAUCCAGGCAGGUUUGGGGCUGUGAAAAAAAUCUGUCUGAGACUUGAGCUCUGAUGGUUUUAGGGCAGUGAACAUGGUGUCACUUUUGGCCUUCUAUGUUUGUGCCACCUUGUUCAGAGAUUCAUGGAAUGGUUUGGAUUGGAAGGGACCUUAAAGACCCCUAGUUCCAACUCCUUGCCAUGGGUAGGGCAUCUCCCACUAGCCCAGGCUCCUCAAGGCCUCAUUCAUCCUAGCUUUCAACACCUGCAGUGCCAGAGAUGAUGGUAAAGAAAUGAAUGCAUACAAGCAACUGCACUUGGAGUAAAUUGAGUGGCUGCUGAAAGUGGGGAGGUGUUGUAGAGCUGUGUGAUGUGGCAGGAAAAGCAGAAGUGAAGAGAACCAUCCAGAAAUGUCUAACUCAAAGCAAGUCAGGUGAAAAUGGCUUCAUAUCCCAGAAAAGAAUGGCUUUGUCACUCUAGAGCAGGUGAGGGUGGGGAUUCAUGGUAGCAUUUUAAGUGUGAGCUCACAGCCCAUAAUGAAUGUUGCAGAGCUCAGCCUGUAAAGUGAGGUGCAGCUUGAUGUGUGCACUGGGAGAGGGUGAAAGGUUGGAGGAAGCAUUGCCACGGAGCACCGUAAAUAUUUCUACCCUCACAUCCCGUGGGGUGGCUGCUUUGGCAGGCUCCCCCACACAGCUGGGAACUUGAAGACAAGAAGUGGCUCAGAGCUGAGGAGUUAAACUUUGUCCUUCCUUUGUUUUGCUUGAAGAUUUUAUGUGGAAGUCGCUUCAAGUUUACAUCUCUCUGAGCUAGGGAACAAUGCAAACCUGGGGUGGCUUUGCUGUUGUAUACUGAGCCAAGGACUUCUCCCUGCAUUGAGCCACAGUUUGGUUAGUGCAGGUUCUGGUUGCUGGAGGUGCCAGCGAACUUCAGUGGGUACUGAAUGUUAACAUCCCAGCUCUGCUCCUGGCGAAGGAGGCAGGGAGGAGCAUGGCUGCUGAAACUGAGGUAGGAAUAUAGGUCAGGAUAAUUGUCAGCCCCAGCACGUGCCUUUGCCAUCCUUGCGUGCUGCCUCCUCCAUGUGAUGUUGCCCACAGGCAAUGGAUCAUCAUCAUCACCACCACAGAUGCCUACUGCCAGCAUUAUUGUAACGUUUGGGGUGAGCUACAAAGAAGGGAAGCUUUGUCUGAAGGCUUGUUUGGUAAACAGCUGAUCCAAGAGAGAGAAAAGCCACACUUGAACAAAUAUUUUCACUGUGAUUCAGUCAUCCUGUGAUGAUUCCUGAUGUGCACAGAAGGGAUGGAGGCCUGGCUGCUGGAGAUGGAGGAUUUUGCUUUGCCAGGGCAGCAAGGCUGACUUUGAGCCAUGGUGGUUGUUCGGCAAUGUGGCCUCCUUCCUUUGGGAGGAGGAGGAUGGUGCACUUGACUGCUUUCCUGAUCAUGUGCCAGAGGAGGUGGAGGAACCAAAACAUUCCUUCUACACUGAAGCAUCAUGGAACUCCCUAAUGGAAAAAGACCUCCAAGCUCAGGUCCAACCAUUCACCCAGCACUGCCACAUUCACCACUCAGCACCACAGCCACACAUUUUCUGAACACCUCUAGAGCUAAGGACAGCCUAUUCCAGGGCUUGACAAGCCUUUCACUGAAAAAAUCUUUCCUAACAUCCAAUCUAAACCUCCCCCAUUCCCCUUCUCCUGUCCCUUGUUGGUAGGGAGCAGAGCCCAACCCCUGCCUCACUGCAGCCUCCUCUCAGGGAGCUGUAGAGAGCAAUGAGCUCUGCCCUCAGCCUCCUCCACACUGCACACCCCCAGCUCCCUCAGAUGCUCCUCCCCAGCCCUCUUCUCCAGACCCUUUCCCAGCUUUGUUGCCGUUCUCUGCACCUGCUCCAGACCCUCAAUAUCUUUUUGGAAUGAGUAGCCCAAAACUGAGCCCAGGGCUCAAGCUGGUGCCUUUCCAGAGCCCAUCAUGGAGGCACACUCCCUGCUCCUGCUGGGUACGCCAUUGCUGAUCCAGGCCAGGAUGCUGGUGGCCUUGGCCACCUGGGCACCGCUGCCUCAUAUUCUGGCACUUGUUCCAGGCUCUGGUUCUUACAAUGACAAAGGUGACUGAAAGAUGGCUUCUCUAGUAAACAGAUAAUUAUUUUUGUUAUGUGCCAAGGAGGAGAAGUGAAAUGGAUCCAGAUAUCCAAAUGGAUCCAAUGAAACUGGCCCUCAGCUCAGUGAGCAGUGGUUGAAGAACAAGCUGCCACAUCUCAUGGCUUUGCAGCUCAGAACAGCCUGAAGAAGUCCUGCAAGAAAAGCCCUGCUUUGCCUUCCGUUCUGGACAGAACUCCUCAGCCACCCAUCCAGAACUGUUUUUGCAACCCUUCUCAAGCUGGAAGCUUUUGCUGCUAAAAACCAGCAACAGUGUUCUUGGGGGGCUGGCCUCACCCACCUUCAAAGUGUGGUUUGCUUUGUUAAGCAGCUCAAGGUUAAUUAAUUUUCAUGGCUAAUUAUUUUUUUCUUUCUAUUAAGUGCUGCUAUAAUUGAGUUUAGCAGCAGCCUCUCCACUGAGUGAGUUUGUGUCAAUGUGAUGCUAACUGUAUGACUCUGAGACUUUGGUUUGGGUUUGUAGUGCUGUGAAAUAGAGCUGCACCCUCUCAAUCCCUGGUGUUCUGCCAGCAGUGACACCACCAGCUGUGGCACCAUGGCUCUCUCCUGCUUACAAGUACACUUGGCAUGCUGCUGCUCUUGGUGUCCCUGGUUAUUUACAGUCCUCAUAUGGGGUGGUGAUGAAGCUAAAAUGCCUUCA